AUGGAUUUUGUCAAUAGAGUUUACAAUAAUAUCGCAGAUACUUUCGGUGGAAUUGAUGCUAGUCAUGCCAUUAGACUAGUAAUGGUAGUUGGAGGCUAUAUUUUGUUGAGAAAUUUAGCACAACGAGAAUUGGCAAAGAGGCAACUUGAAGACCAGAUAAAGAAAAGUCAAGAGAAGAAAGAGGAAGAGCGUUUAAAAGAACUUGCUCCUGAUCCAAAUGAUCCAGAAGCUAUAGAAGAUAACACUUUCGGAUGGGGUAAGAAGACCAGAAAGAGAGUUAAAAGACAACAAAAGAUAUUGGAGGAGAGGCUAGAAGAAUUACAACAGUACCAGGGCUCUCAAGAUGAUGACAAGGAUAUUGAAGACUUGCUAGAGGACUAG